GUAUCAAUCAAGGCAGCUGUUACAGAAUCAACCAUUUCCCUGACGACAACGACUACGACACAGACAGCUCUGAAUACCUGCUGCGUAUAGUACGUGCCUCCAGUGUGUUCCCCAUCCUCAGCACCAUCCUGCUGAUGCUGGGAGGGUUGUGUGUUGGCCUGGGCCGAAUCUACAACAAGACAAACAACGUGCUCCUCAGCGCAGGCAUUUUCUUCGUCGCUGCAGGUCUAAGCAACAUAAUCGGAAUCAUCGUCUACAUCUCCAGCAAUGCAGGAGAUCCCAAUGACAAACGUGAUGAUGACAAGAAGUACACCUACUCCUACGGUUGGUCUUUCUACUUUGGCGCCCUCUCCUUCAUUGUGGCCGAAGCUGUGGCUGUCCUCGCCAUCAACAUCUACAUCGAGAGAAACAAGGAGGUCCGCUGGAAGGCACGGCGCGAGUUCAUCCGCUCGCUCUCCUCAUCCUCCCCUUACUCAAGGAUACCGAGCUUCCGCUAUCGCCGGCGGACGUCGCACGCCAGCUCUCACUCUACGGAGGCAUCACGGGAGAAUUCUCCAGUGGUCGGGCUGAAAGGGAUGCCAUCUUCAAGCGGUCCCCUCGACGAGCUCUCCAUGUACGCCCUGGCGAGGGACAGCGUGGCGGAGAACACGUACAGCCCUGAACAUGAGGCUGCUGCUGAGUUCCUGCAGGUCCAUAACUGUUUUCCCAAUGAUUUAAAAGACGGGGUAAAUCGCAGGACCACACCGGUGUGAUGGAGCAUGUUGCCGGGCUCGGGGAUGAACAGGAAAUGAUGAAAAAGUCACAAGGCGGACCUGCUGGAGCCUGAGUGCCUGUGAUGGCCUGCCAUGAUAGAGGCCCAGUUCUCAGAGACUGGUCCCUCUGGAAAAUGAGCAGAGGGAGGCGACAGGACAGUCAGCUGAUAGGAGGAUGAGCCGUUUGGGAGAACUCGAUUAUUUACCUGCUUUUAGGGGCCACCAAAGCAGAAUAGAGUGGCCAUUGUUCGUCGCCAAUGCAAAUUUUGUGUUAUCUUUCAACUGUGUUAAAAAAUACUUAGGUGAACAGUGUGUGGAUCACAACCCUUGAUUGUGUAGUAGUUUGUGUAAUGGUCUCUCAAC